UCCGGUGGCUGCCUCGCCGGUUCACGGCUGGAGGAUCCCCAAGCUGCCGCUUUCCAGCGUGCUGCGAUCUGUCGCCCACCCCGUAAGGAGACCCCCCCACCCUUCCGCUCCUUGGGAUCUCAGCUGGCCGGGCGAGGGCCACACCGACUGGGAGCCGCUCCACCUGCAGCCUCACCUCCGGCAGACUAUUCCAGCUGCAUUUUCCUAAAAGAACAAUGCUGAAGUACAACAUGGAACAGUAUUCAAGAAGCGUCUCUGGAAGUCCGCAUUGAGCGAGUAAUCUCUUAACAUGAACUUGAUAUAGAAAUUGACUUGUCUCAGAAGGCUGAUUUUUUUUGCUUUUGGGAGAAUUGGUUUACUCUCAACUGGAAUUCUUGACGACUCUGUUUAUUUCACCGUGUGAAAGAGAUUGUGCUGAAGAUGGCUAACAAUUCAGUUGCAUACAGUGGUGUAAAAAACUCAAUAAAUGAAGCAAAUCAUGGGGGUGAUUUUGGAAUCACAGUCGAGGAGCUUCGCGCACUUAUGGAACUCCGAUCAACUGAUGCGCUACAAAAAAUACAGGAAUGCUAUGGAGAUGUUUAUGGAAUUUGUAGUAGGUUGAAAACUUCGCCACACGAAGGUCUAAGUGGAAAUCCUGCGGAUCUUGAUAGGAGGCAAGAAGUAUUCGGGAAGAAUCUUAUACCUCCUAAAAAGCCAAAAACGUUUCUUCAAUUAGUAUGGGAAGCACUACAAGAUGUAACAUUAAUUAUAUUAGAAGUAGCAGCCAUAAUAUCUUUAGGCCUUUCUUUUUAUCCAUCUCCAAGUGGUGAAAAUGAAUUGUGUGGUGAAGUCUCCGGUGGUAUUGAAGAGGAAGAAGGGGAAGCGGGAUGGAUUGAAGGAGCUGCUAUCCUUUUGUCGGUUGUGUGUGUGGUGUUAGUGACGGCUUUCAAUGACUGGAGUAAGGAGAAGCAGUUUAGAGGUUUGCAGAACCGUAUUGAACAAGAACAGAAAUUCACAGUUGUUCGUGGAGGCCAAGUUAUUCAGAUACCAGUGGCUGACAUAGUUGUUGGGGACAUUGCACAAAUUAAAUAUGGUGACUUGCUGCCUGCUGAUGGAGUGCUUAUACAAGGAAAUGAUCUUAAAAUUGACGAAAGCUCGUUAACUGGAGAAUCUGAUCAUGUUAAGAAAACACUGGCGAAAGAUCCUCUGCUGCUUUCAGGCACUCAUGUCAUGGAGGGGUCUGGUAAAAUGGUGGUCACUGCUAUAGGUGUAAAUUCCCAAACUGGAAUAAUAUUCACUUUGCUCGGAGCUGGAGAAAACGAAGAGGAAAAAGAAAAAAAGGACAAAAAAAGCAAAAAACAGGAUGGUGCAAUUGAAAAUAGGAACAAAGCUAAAGCUCAAGAUGGUGCAGCCAUGGAAAUGCAGCCCUUGAAGAGUGAAGAUGGCACUGAUGGGGAAGACAAAAAAAAAUCAAAUUUGCCAAAGAAAGAAAAAUCUGUUCUGCAAGGAAAGCUCACUAAAUUGGCUGUUCAGAUUGGAAAAGCAGGUUUGGUGAUGUCUGCAAUUACGGUCAUAAUCCUUGUACUGUACUUCGUGGUCAAGACUUUCUGGAUUCAGAAGCGACCCUGGCUUGCUGAAUGUACACCAAUUUACGUCCAAUACUUUGUGAAGUUUUUCAUCAUUGGAGUUACAGUUUUGGUGGUAGCUGUACCAGAAGGUCUUCCGCUUGCCGUCACUAUUUCUUUGGCAUACUCUGUAAAGAAAAUGAUGAAGGAUAACAAUUUGGUCCGGCAUUUGGAUGCUUGUGAAACCAUGGGUAAUGCCACUGCAAUCUGUUCAGAUAAAACUGGGACGUUGACUAUGAACAGAAUGACUGUCGUCCAGGCUUUCCUAAAUGAUAAGCACUAUCGAAAAAUUCCCGAAGCUGAGUCUUUACCAGAGAAUGUUUUGGACCUCCUUGUGUCUGGGAUUUCUGUGAACUGUGCUUAUACAUCAAAAAUUUUGCCUCCUGAAAAGGAAGGUGGCCUACCACGCCAUGUUGGUAACAAAACUGAAUGUGCCUUGCUGGGAUUUCUUUUGGAUCUAAAACGAGACUACCAAGACGUAAGAAACGAGAUCCCCGAAGAAACCUUCUUCAAAGUGUACACCUUUAAUUCUGUAAGAAAAUCUAUGAGCACAGUGUUGAAGAAGCCUGAUGGCAGUUAUCGAAUGUUCAGUAAGGGUGCCUCUGAAAUUGUCCUUAAAAAGUGCUACAAAAUUAUCCGUGUGGAUGGUGAAGCCCAAGUGUUCCGACCAAACGAUAGGGAAGACAUGAUUAAACGUGUGAUUGAACCAAUGGCUUCUGAAGGACUGCGUACAAUAUGCUUGGCGUACCGUGAUUUUCCAGCUGGAGAAGAACCAGACUGGGAAAAUGAAAAUGAGAUUCUUAGUAGGCUAACCUGCAUUGCGGUCGUAGGAAUUGAAGAUCCAGUCAGGCCAGAGGUCCCAGAUGCAAUUAGGAAAUGUCAGCGUGCAGGUAUUACUGUACGGAUGGUGACUGGUGAUAACAUAAACACAGCACGUGCUAUCGCCACAAAGUGUGGUAUCCUUCACCCCGGGGAAGACUUCCUUUGUGUAGAAGGCAAAGAGUUUAACAGGCGCAUACGAAACGAGAAAGGAGAGAUUGAACAGGAAAGGAUAGACAAACUUUGGCCUAAACUACGUGUACUUGCAAGAUCGUCGCCAACUGACAAACAUACAUUAGUUAAAGGUAUAAUUGACAGCACAGUGUGUGAGCAGAGGCAAGUUGUUGCCGUGACAGGUGAUGGGACAAAUGACGGACCUGCUCUGAAGAAAGCAGAUGUGGGCUUUGCUAUGGGAAUCGCUGGUACUGAUGUAGCAAAAGAAGCUUCCGAUAUUAUCCUGACUGAUGACAACUUCUCUAGCAUUGUUAAAGCAGUGAUGUGGGGAAGAAACGUGUAUGACAGCAUCUCCAAGUUUCUGCAGUUUCAGCUUACUGUCAAUGUCGUCGCUGUCAUCGUAGCCUUUACAGGAGCAUGUAUCACGCAAGACUCUCCACUUAAAGCUGUUCAGAUGUUGUGGGUAAACCUUAUUAUGGACACAUUUGCAUCACUUGCUCUGGCAACCGAGCCACCAACGGAGUCGCUUUUAUUAAGGAAACCAUAUGGUAGAAAUAAACCCCUCAUAUCGCGCACAAUGAUGAAGAAUAUUUUAGGUCACGCAGUCUACCAGCUCGUUGUAGUUUUCACUCUUUUGUUUGCUGGUGAAGAACUUUUUAAUAUCGACAGUGGACGGAACGCGCCUCUUCAUGCCCCUCCGUCGCAGCAUUACACUAUUGUGUUUAAUACAUUUGUCAUGAUGCAGCUUUUUAAUGAAAUAAAUGCAAGGAAGAUUCAUGGUGAAAGGAAUGUUUUUGAAGGGAUAUUUAAUAAUAUGAUCUUCUGUAGCAUUGUCUUGGGUACUUUUGUUAUACAGAUUGUUAUUGUGCAGUUUGGCGGAAAGCCAUUUAGUUGUACUGAACUAACUAUAGAUCAGUGGCUGUGGUCUGUUUUCCUUGGUAUGGGAACAUUACUAUGGGGGCAGCUGGUAACCACAAUACCAACCAGUCGUUUAAAGUUCCUGAAAGAAGCAGGUCAUGGGACACACAAAGAUGAGAUUCCAGAGGAAGAACUUGCUGAAGAUGCAGAGGAGAUAGAUCAUGCCGAAAGGGAGUUGCGUCGUGGUCAGAUCUUAUGGUUUAGGGGCCUCAACCGAAUACAGACUCAGAUGGGAUGGUCCUUUCUCUUGUUCUCUCUCUCUCUUGCUGAGCAAGCUGUCACAAUCUCUGAUUCCUUGCAGAUGGAUGUAGUGAAUGCUUUCCAAAGUGGAAGUUCCAUUCAGGGGGCUUUAAGGCGGCAACCCUCCAUCGCCAGCCAGCAUCAUGAUGUAACAAAUAUUUCUACCCCUACACAUAUCCGAGUGGUGAAUGCAUUUCGUAGCUCGCUAUACGAAGGUCUUGAAAAGCCAGAGUCCAGAAGUUCAAUACACAAUUUCAUGACGCACCCAGAUUUUAGAAUAGAAGACUCUGAACCUCAUAUUCCUCUUAUCGAUGACACAGAUGCUGAAGAUGAUGCUCCAACAAAACGUCAUUCUACUCCACCACCCUCUCCCAACAAAAAUAACAAUGCCGUUGACAGCGGAAUCCAUCUUACAAUAGAAGCGAAGUCAGCUACCUCUUCAUCCCCAGGCAGUCCACUACAUAGUCUGGAGACAUCUCUCUGAUUGUAAGAUGAAUGUUACCGCACUAGCUGAUUUGCAAUGAAACAAAAUGAAACUGGGUCCUUUCACACAUUGUGGCGAGCAGGAGAAAUUUCCCUGCCUUUUGGACUUCAAAUGAAGACACACUUGUAUGAAUGUAGAUUUAUUUUUUUAAAAAAACAAAAGCUUUCUGCCAGCCUGAGGGUGCUUUUCUUGGGGAGGAAAAGGGAUGGGCUUUGUGAAAUGAACUCCUGACAGAACAGUAACUCGUCAAAAAGUGACCUGCAGAACAUCUGUUAUACUAAAUAAUUGGCCUGGACAGCGUGUUAGCAAUGCUCUAGAUUAUAUUGAUCCUCCAUUUUUUUUUUUUGUGCCCUGGGUCUUGAUUUUGAUUAUUUAUGUUAUAAAUGAAACAGAUCUGUUUACAAGGUUUAUAGAUAUUUUUGUUCCUGUUAAUAGAAGGGAAGCUUCCUUAUAUAUGAAGAAAAGUCCUUUGAACACUGCUGUAUUUUCAUAACAAGGAGUGUUUCUGUUGAACCUGUUCUAAAUUUUGCCUGCAAUUUACUUGUUUAAUAUUGUAGAUAAAUUGCUAAGACUAAUAGCCAAAUAGAAAACACUAAUGCUUUGUAAAAACCCAAGCAGCAGUGUUCUGAAUUAUGAUGGCCGAUCUCCUUAGUUUCUCAAAAGAAAUGGCUUUCCAUUUUAUUCGUUCUCAUAUUUAAAGAGAUGUUAAAGAACUUUGUUCCAAAGCUCGAAGGAAUAUUGUGUAAUGCAGGACAUCAAUGUGUGACGGAUCUUGCUUGAAAUUCUUUUGCUAUCUCCGUCGAAAUAUAUAAAAUCAAAAUACAUCAAAAAAUUAGUCUUUCCUUUUUUUUGUUUGUCUAAACAUGUUAGUUUUAGAAUUGUCUUGGUGAACUGUGAGUGGAACAGUGUUGAUUUUUCAAAUAAAUCUUUAGAUGACCUUCAUACAGCACGAGGGCUGUUGGCAUUUUGAAAAAGGUUACUACUAGGAAGUAGUACUACUACAUGUUUUCCUUUUUUGUUUUUGAAACUUGUUUGUAAACACAAUAAACAUGCCCUUUUAUUAAAAA